CCCACCAAUCCUUCAACUAAAACUCGUUACAAUGGUAUAUUCCGACUUUCUCCCCGCACUUUGGAUCGUCGGAAUUGCCUUAAUCCUAGCUCAAAUCUCUCUAACGAUCGCCGAAAGCAGCCCCAAGGACUGGGUCGAUGCUACAAAUGCCAUUCGAGCUGAGAAUGGCGUCGGCCCAGUGUCUUGGAACACCACUUUGGCGACCUAUGCUCUAGAUUAUGCCAAAACAAGGAUCGCUACGUGCGAGAUGGAGCACUCCGAUGGACCUUAUGCCGAGAACUUAGCAGAAGCAUAUGAGAAGACAACAGCAGAAUUGACAGUGAAGUUUUGGGCUAGCGAGAAGGAGUUUUAUGACCCUAAAACAAAGAAGUGCGUGAAGGAAGAGUGCGGACAUUUCCUGAAUUUGGUGGCGAAGGACACAACAUCCAUUGGCUGUGCUGAAGUUAAGUGCCACAACAACUUUAUUUUCUCCAUCUGCGACUAUUCUUAAGCUCCAUAUCACAAUAAUAGGCUCAA